GCCGGCACUUCCGGUGGCGGCAGCUGGAGCAGGUCGCCGUUCAUGGCCAGGUCCUUGAAGCUGGUGUGGGCUUCCUUUCCGCGUCAAAGGUUCCACACCGGUGGGAGUUGCCUCAAGGGCCGGACCGGCGCUGAGCACCUGUGGCUGAUGCGGCAUUUGAGGGACCCGUUUGUGAAGGCUGCGAAGGUGGAGAGUUACAGGUGUCGAAGUGCCUUCAAGCUCCUGGAGGUGAACGAGAGGCACCGGAUUCUGCGGCCUGGCCUCCGGGUGUUAGACUGUGGCGCCGCUCCUGGCGCGUGGAGCCAGGUGGCUGUGCAGAGCGUCAACGCUGCAGGCACAGAUGCCUGUGCUCCUGUUGGCUUUGUGCUUGGGGUAGAUCUCCUUCACAUACUCCCCCUGGAAGGAGCAACUUUUCUGUGCCCUGCUGAUGUGACUGACCCAGGAACCUUCCAGAGAAUCCGAGAACUGCUUCCUGCUGGGAGAGCGGAUGUGAUUCUGAGUGACAUGGCACCCAACGCCACAGGGAUCCGGGGCCUCGACCACGACAGGCUCAUUAGCUUGUGCUUGUCCCUUCUGGACAUGGCUCCAGAAGUCCUGCACCGUGGGGGAACAUUCCUGUGUAAAACCUGGGCUGGAAGUCAGAGCCAUCGGUUACAGAAGAGACUGACAGAGGAAUUCCAGAAAACAAGGACUGUAAAACCUGAAGCCAGCAGGAAAGAAUCAUCAGAGGUGUACCUCUUGGCCACACAGUACCGAAGAGGGAAGGGGGAAGGUCUGUGAAGGAAUGAGAGUUUCAUCUGCUGUUUCUGGUUCUUUUUCACUGCAAAUGUAGCUUGAGCCCUUUCUUGAAGUGUGGCUGGGGAGAUCCGAGCUUGAUCUGGGAUGCAGCGGGCAGGACAAAUGGGGGACCUUUUUUUAAGCCUAAAAGAUAUGACAAAACUAUAUUCAGUGUCCAAGACAUAUGAUAAAAAAAGUCUCUAUAACAUGAUUCGUGAAGAGGAAGAGAUAGGCAGAGAUUAAAGGAUGAAAAGGCAGACUGAGGGAAGGAUAAAAACACUCGGAGGCAGAGAAACAUACACACGGACACCUUUAUGUAACUUUCUCUUCAUACCCACGUUAGUAUGUUACAGAGAAACAGGCUUCCACCCUUGCUCCGGAACAACCCACGAGUUUCCAGGUGUUAUUUUGGGUUUACCAUGUAAUGUAGAAAAAAUCUGAAGUUUCAGUCUGGGGAUUUGUGUCCAUCUCUCCGGCAAAUGAUCUGGAACUACAUCCAUUCUUCAAGCAGUGAGAGUUCUCAGAACAAUUAGGGAAGACAUUUGGUAUGAAUUAUGCAUGGGGUGGGUGUGCUCUGUUUUCUCACUGGAAUUGUUGCUGUAAUACUCCAGCCUCCAAAGACUUAAAGGUAAGUGCCAAAGCAAGCAGAGAAGUGGUGUGUUCGUUUAUUUCCUUUUACUCUUCCAGGAACUCGAUGCAACUUUACAAAACAAUAUAGGUCGUAUUAUUUUAUGGAAUUCCCAUGUUUUUAAGUUUGUCUUUUGAAAAAUUAAUUUCUUCAAAACCAUUUCCUGGAGGUGUGCUCAUCCCUUAAGAAGAGUUUAUUGAUUGUAAUGAUGAUUAAAUGUGUAGACUGAAAAAAAAAUGCACCACCUAAAAGUUGAG